AUGACCUCGACUUCAAUACCCUCAGCUCAAGGCGGGCCCUUGAACCUUUCUCAAAAGCUAUCUCAGCUUCGCUCAAACGGUAACCGCCGAUCACAAUCAUCCUCCUCUCGAGAACCGACCCCUAUCACCCCACCUUUGCCAUCGCCACCAGACCUUUCCACCCAUCAAUACUCGCGUCCAGUCCGCCGCAUCUUGUCGCCCAAAGACCAUGAACUCUUCUUGGCAUCGCCUACCUAUAAGCUAGUCCUAUCAUUCAUAUUCGGUCUGUCCGACUCCAUACGUGGUCGUGCCGUCACCGACCUCCCUCAAAAAAGCCUCGAAUCCGGCCACAUCGUCAACAUCGUCUCGGUUGUGGGACGAUUACAAUCUUUACUAGAAACCCAUCCGGCGCUAGAUCAGGGCGGGUCCCGGUUUGGCAAUCCGGCCUUUCGGACAUUCUUCGACGAUGUGGCCGCACAGAGCGCAUCAUGGCACACGGACAUCCUUGGAAUGACGGAUUCCUCCGCCAUCGAGGAAGUCUCGACAUAUUUGGUCCACUCCCUUGGAUCUCAGGACCGACUCGAUUACGGAUCGGGCCACGAACUGAAUUUCAUGAUGUGGCUGCUGGCGUUGUAUCAGAUGGGUCUACUUAAUCGCGAAGAGUUCCCUGCAGUCGUCUUCAAGGUCUACGUCCAGUAUCUACACCUGAUGCGAGAUAUCCAAUCUACAUACUACCUCGAACCUGCCGGAUCUCAUGGUGUCUGGGGACUGGACGACUACCAUUUCCUUCCCUUCCUAUUCGGCGCCAGUCAACUCGUGGAUCAUCCGUACAUCACACCCCUCGGCAUUCACAAUGUGGCCCUGCUCGACGAGGAAGGGGACAAAUACAUCUAUCUCGAUCAAGUGCGGUGGGUGGACAGCGUCAAAACCGUCAAGGGUCUUCGGUGGCACAGUCCCAUGUUGGACGACAUCUCCGGAGCCAAGAACUGGUUUAAAGUUGAAAGCGGCAUGAAGAAGAUGUUCGUCAAGGAGGUGCUGGGUAAACUCCCCAUCAUGCAGCAUUUCCUGUUCGGCAGCCUUCUCCCCGCGAGCGAGGGCAUGGGCGAGCGCUCAGAAGGUGGCAAUGAUGAUGAAUAUGCCGACGGCCAAUGUCAUGAUCACCCGCACGGCCAUACCACGACAGACUACUUUGGGGAUUGCUGUGGUAUCAAGGUUCCCAGUACGAUUGCCGCUGGGGCCGAAAUGCGCAAACGCAUCGGUGGGUCAAAUCUCCGUCCGAUUCCAUUUGACUAG